AUUUACAUGUGAACAGAUGGGUUAAUAUAUUAUUCAGCCUGCUUUUCAUUUUGGUUUAUAACCACAAUCUUUAUUCCAUCUGAGUCUUGACUGCUGAAGGGUAGAAUAAUGGCGACUUGCAGUUCUUUUUCUGGGACAUCAUUUGGGAAGCUCAGGGAAGCAAAAAUGUGUCCACCCGACAAGUUAAAUGCUAUUCUAACCAAAGUUUUUCCGAAGAAGUUCAACACCAAGCCAUCUGGAUUAAAAAGUAAUGAUAUGUUGGGAUUUCACAACCUGGAAAAGCACAUCACAAGUACCUUGCUAAACGCAGAGGAAGCUAAACCAGAGAUGAUAUCUUCUUCAGAAAGUAAAGCUGGAUCAAGUUCUGGUAGCGCUGGUACGAAGACUAGGAGUUAUUUGAAAGGUAUUUUUGGUGAAAAGAAAGUGGAUCCAAAAGAUUCUGAAAAAGAUAAAGGACCUGACUUUGAAAUUGAACACAGAGAUGGGAGAUUAGGACCUCGUCACGUUACUUUUCAAAAUCAUCCCCUGGAAACUGCACCUGGAGAUUCAUUCAGCGUCAUUGGAAAUAUGAAUUUUCAAUCUGUCAAGGCAACUUGCUGUGUAUUCAAAGGCAAAUGGAUGUAUGAAGCAGUCCUGGGUACAUCAGGUUUAAUGCAGAUAGGUUGGUGUACAGCUACAUGUAAAUUUACUCGUGAGGAAGGUGUGGGCGACACAAUUGAUUCAUAUGCAUUUGAUGGAUACAGAGAAACCAAGUGGAAUAGUCGUGACAGUGCAAAAUAUGGGGAAACAUGGUCUGCUAACGAUGUUGUGACAUGCUUGUUAGAUUUGGACAAUAGAACCGCUUCAUUUUGUUUAAACGGAAAAAAUUUAGGUGUGGCUUUCAGAGACAUACCCAUCGGACCUGGGAUUGCGUAUUUUCCUGCAUUCAGUGUCGCAUACAAAGAAGUUCUUCAAAUUAAUUUUGGGGCUCAUGUUAUGAAACAUCACACACCCGGAUAUCUUCCUAUCCAAAGUCCACCAGAUUCUCUUGGGAAUGCGUCUACUCUUGUUAGAAGCUUAUCGACAUUAAUUAAUGUAAAGACUGAAAAAAGCGUUCUAUCAAGUGCCCUGGAUCCAGUCACAGAAUGUAUAAUAGGAGCUCAUAUCUUCAAAAGACUUUCUCCUAUAUUGCAAGAAAGCUAUAAUGUUGAAAUGUCAAUGAUUCCGUUUUUGUAUGAACUGUCGAGCAGUCCUGGCCUAUUAACACAAAUUUUAGAUUGGAUUUGGAACUUCAUGGAGGAAAAUUCUGCGAAACAAUGUGUUGAUUAUCUUCUUGCAUCUGUGAUUAGACAUUUCAAAACUGCUCACAUUCGUCCAGAUUUCUUGCUUCAGAAAAAAUAUCUCAACUUUUUAUUUGGAAUGGCAAAACAUACAAGGACAAAAACUCAUCUGCUGGAGUAUUCAUUUUCUGAAAGAUCAGAUGAAAUACCAUAUUUAUUCCACAUCAAACAACCUCCAUCUAGUUCAAAUGCAAUGGAUAAUUUGACAAAUAGAACUUUGAAAGAAAGAAUCACAGCUGUUGAAGAUAUUCAGCGAGACAUUUUGAAAGCAUUUUUAGAAGUUGAAGAUAAAGAUAAUUACAACUGCUGCAAAUUGUUUGCUGAGAAAUUCCGCAAGAUGGCUCAAAGUUUUGUAUCAACCACAAGGGAGCAAAGUGCUUUAUGCCCAGCAAUCGUCAUUCAUUCAUUUAUUCAAAGAUUAAUCGAUGUUGUUCGACAACAAUGGGAUAAUUCAACUGUGACAAGAGCAAAUUAUAUACCUGCUAGUGAGGGAUAUCUACCAUCGGAGUUAUUUUAUACUGGAAUGGUGAACUACUCUGAUACACAACGAGCUGGAGGACUUGCAUCACACCUUGUUCAAGAACAUAGAGAAUUGCUGGAAAAAGAAGGCGUAAGUGUGACAAUGGGAAGUAGAAGUGCACAUUCUGAUUCGUGGAGAGAAGAUCACAGAGCUUUUCUACAAUUACUUGAUAGUAGUCCUGGCACAUCUUUGUCAACUUUUGACGACUCAGAAAUGGAAUCUUAUAAUCCAGUAAUGAGAUUGGCUCGUGCACUUUUACAACAAAGUUCAAAACUUGGUUCAUCUUCUGGUAGUCCUUCUGUGUCAAGAAAGAAAGGUGUCGGUGAUGAAGAUCAAUGGUUACCAACUUGCCAGUAUCUACUUGAAAUCACAGAUGGAUGUGUGAUGCUUUAUGCUCAGUCAAUACAUCAGCAAAUGGAUAAGAUUGUUUCAACAAGAACAAAAUACGCUGAUUUUAACAAAAGUUUAAAAGAAACUGAUGUUAAACUGAAGAAAUGUAACGACCCGCAGUUUGAAGAAAUCAAGAAAAGUUUGGAGCAAUCUAAGGUUCUACUUCAAAAACAUGUCACUGAAAUUCAGAGAAGUAUGGAUUGGUUGAAAGCCACAACUUAUGCACCAGAAUCUCAGCAUAAUCUAUGGUGGUUACAUCAAGUAUGUUUGAAAACUGUGGAAAAAAUGACAACUAAAGGAGCACUUUUCUCAUUUAUACCUGAAUUCUAUAUCACAGGAGCUACAAGAUUAUUCAAGUGCUUGAGAGAAUAUUUUCAUCCAACACAAUCAAUCGAUUUAUUGCCGAAUCACAAACAAGUUCUAGUUAAAUUUGCUUUAUUUUUGAGCCAUCAUCACUGUGAUACAAGGAUAAUACACACUGAUAUCAAGACUUUGUUAGCUAACACGCUUGCAUCUUUCGUAACUCAUCCUUUACAAGUGAAAGCCAUAGAAAUGAUGCCUGUAAAUGAGAAGAAAAGUCUUCUACGAAGUAUGUUAACAGCAUAUGAUGAAGAUAAACCAUGGAUUAGCAUGGGUCACAGGAUAUUAGCUGCAAUGUGGAGAGGAAUGGGUUUUGCAUUGAGGUAUGAUCAUCCACCAUAUUUAGCAAAAGUCAAAAGGUUGCUCAACAGAGAUAAAGAUCCAUAUGCUUCUGCAUCAUUGCUGAAUGAACUACGUGAUGUAAUGUUGGAUGAUAAAAAAUUGUCAUCCGAUUUUGUGCACAGCAUUAUUAAUCAUCUCAACUGGUGUUUUUCUGAAUUUAUCGGACAAAUGCAAGAAGUUCAUGUCCAAGGAUCAAAAGCAUCCCCAGCUUCUGGUGGAUUAUUGUCUGCUCUCGAUGCUCAGUCUUUACGGCAAGUACGAAUCGUUGACAUGUUGUUUGAGAUAUCCGUUUCAUUGCUUCGUGUUCUGGAACUAACAGUUACACUCGCACCAGAAGUCUACUUAGACUGGGAGGAAUGGGAUAAAGCAGAAGUUCUAUUGAAUAGCUUGAUUCGGGUUGUCAAUCAAAUAUUGAACAGAGUCACUAAGAAGCAAAAUAUAUUUGAUCGAGUUGUAGCAAGCAAGCAUCCAGGUUUAAGAAGCGUAGUUCACUAUCCUUUACUAAUUGCACUUACCGGCGUUCUCGUCAGUAUUCUGAAAGAAAGAGAAGAUCCAGAAUGGACGAAACGAGCAUCAUCGGCUCUACUGAAAGAUCCAGGAUUCAGUAAAGAUUCGAUAGAUAUUCUUAUGAAAGAUGAUCCAUUCGCUCUCUCAUGGUCACGUGCUAGAUCGGCGGACGAACCUUCGACGUCAUCAGCACCCGAUGUUGUAUCGGUCCCUCGCAAAAUGACAACAGAAGGAUUUUCAUUACGGCAUCGUGAAGAAGUUUCCGAACAAGAAUAUGGAAAUGUUGUAACCAUGGUGGAAAGAAUUCACAAGUGGAUUGAAUCUGCAGAACAUGACGAGCCCAUGGACGAGGAAAGUCUUUGCACUAUUUGUUAUGCUAAUGAGAUUUCAGUUUCUUUCAAUCCCUGUGGUCAUACUUCAUGCAAGUCCUGCAUCAGCCACCAACUAAUGAACGCCAAGGAAUGUUUCUACUGCAAAGCAAUAGUUGAAAGUUUCAAGCCAAUUGAAAAUAAAUAAAUGUAGUUUGAUUUUAAAAUAUAGAACUUGCGCCUUACUACAACGCCUUAUGACGAGGAAUAUUGAACCAAAUUAGUACUAUUUACGACUGCUUUAUACUCGGAUAACACUGGCUCCAUUUAAAACAUAGAAAACUAGUAAAAAAAACAUGUAUUUUCUUUUUUCUUAUCCAAAUCACGAUAAUGAAAUUUCUGGUUCUGGUAUUUAUGACCCAUGAUGUAAUUGUGGUUGUCUCCCACCGUGGUAUUAGUGUCGACAAAUUCUGAUUCUUAAUACGGAAUUGUGAAAUUGGGCUCAAAAAAAAUGUUAGGCAAUUAUAUAAUAGAUACAAGUUGGUUACAAAUGAGCUUAUUCCAAUACCACAAAUCCGUUUUGCUUAAAAAUAGCAUAAACUCGAUUUUCUCUAGUGAUAUAUUUUUAAUAAAUAUUAAUUUUCAAUCUUUUUGUGUAAUUUCAAUUGGGCCUAUUUAUUUUAUAUUUCAAUGGGUGUGAAGGGAAAUUUUUAGUUCAUUAGAAUUUUGGCGGCUUUUACGUCAGCAUGUUAAGUAUCGGUGUGAUCAUUUCAAAAACUUUGCUCUGGAUAUCAUUUACAUUAUUUACAUUUUUAUAUUUCAUACCUUUGGGGGGGGAUAAGACUCUGUCCCCUUAUCCAGCGUGCAAAAAUUUGAUGGGGGAUACAACUUGUAUUAUAGCUCACUCCUGUGUUACUCUAGUCGCGUUAGGUCCUAGUUAUGAGGGCAUUGAAGUGAUGUUUUGUCGACUCCAAAAAAUGGCACCUUGUAGCCCUUGAAAGGCACAGGAUAAUGGAAAAUGCUCUUAAUCUAUCUGUAGCUAAUUAAACGGAACCUAUUUUCUAAUUGAACUUUAUUGUUUGCCUAUUAUGCUAGGCUAUGUUCUUAUGUCGAUUUGAUUUUUUUUUGUAAAUUUCGCACUUUGUAAAAUGCAUUUAAUUUGCAGGCAAAUUUCAAUCUUCAAUUCAUGUUAUUUUGUAUUUUAACAUGGUUACACCUCUCCAAUCUCAUGUUCUUUUGAUGAUCUAAGCCAGUGGUUCCCAACCUUUUUUUCAAGCAACCCAAAUUUAAAAAAAAAAAAAAUUGUAAACUCUUGCCACCCGAGGAUAUACUCUCAUACUAAACGACGCGUAGUACUUUUAUAGUGCUUCAUGGUGGGACCGCGGGGGUUUAUUUGAACGAAAUAGAUGCUGCCAAUAUUUUACAACGUGAUACUUCUCGCAUUUACAAUUACUACUGAGCUACUCCACAAUACUAAGUAUAAAAUAAACAAAACAAUUUCCUAAAAAAACAAAAGUUUCCAAGCUUGCGGAAAAAAUAAGGGACCCAAGAUGAAGCUUUGAAUGAGAGCCGUAGUCACAAUUUAGGCCAACUGCUAGAGUUCGCAUAAAAUGCUUAUACUAGUAAUUUUUUCACAAGUUUUACACGUAACCAUUUGUUAUGAUAUAAUAUCGUAUUCUGUGAUUUGCAAUCUUUAUUUUGUUCAUCACAAAAUAUGCAAUAAUUUUGUUAAAAAGGUAUGUUUUACUCAUGAAUAUUAUUAGCCCGAAUCUUCUGUACAAAGCAUUAUUAAUAAAUUUUCCGGAUAUCAUUGUA